GUGAGUCUCAAUUUGCGUGGCUGUUCUACCCCGUGAGGUUCGCCAAGAGCCACAGCGCCAGCUGUGGGACACACUACCGUACUCACCACUACGAUUCACGAAUAAUGUAGAAAACUUGAAACACAGGCAGACAGUAUUCGCACACUAGCAUUGAGGACCUCGAGUGAAUUUUUAAUAAAAAGUUCAUAACUAUCAUGCCAUUUCGUCAUGGAAUCAUGAGCCAAAAAAGAUUGCAACCUUCCCAAUGACAAAGGGAACAGGCGCAGUCUGGCCAGGAGAUGAUCUAUCUGAUCCUUGGGUAAACACGUAUGAUACGGUUACCAUGCAGAAUUUCCUCACAAGAGAAGAAACAUGUAAAAAAACAACAACCAUACCCAGGGCGAUGAAUGUGCUCGAAGGCACAGAACAAAAGAGAUGCCCGUUUCCUUUCCUCCUCUCCCAACCGCCAGCCGAUACUCUGACAAAAUUACUCAUAUGUACAAGUUGUGAUGCACGCGCAAUGCAGCCCGGAGCCUCCGUUUCUCAUCGAAGCCUUUUUGGUACCGUCAUUGCCCCAUGGUGCUGUGAACCAGAGACCCAUAAGGAACCGCGUGUUUCGAGUCUUUCUAAAGCCCGUUGUUUUUCCUGGUUCCCGUUUUUGUUUUCGUACUCGACGCCAAGGUUGUUGCCGAGACAGUGCCUUCCCAGGCUGGUCUCUCAGAAUCCAGAUCUAGUCUAUACACGAAAGUCUCGUGGCGGCCGCAGCCAUGGCAGAGGAAAAGGCUCAAUAGUUGAUGAGCCAUGCCACCGAGCCGCCAGACUUUCCAACUUUCUUUUUCGAAACAAAUAUCUCUGGCGAUGCUCUGCAAGCGAGUGCCCGCGUAUAGGCAUGCCGAGAGGAUUGACGCCAAAACUCGUCCGCGGAGUCGAACAGUUUGAAAUCGUGAUAUACCGCUGAGCGUACGACCAAAGAGGAAGACCAACAUAGUCUUCACAGCAGAUCUUGCUGAACUCGCCACAAGGCUGAACCGUAGCAUCGUGAUUUCGUAAGGUGUACGCCGCCGCAAUAAAGUAAAAUUCCGAUAGCCAUCAAAGACUGCGAGACACGAGCUCGCCUUCAAACGCCAUC